GAGUUCACCAACUACAAUAUAAACAUUGAUUACGUAAUCGCUCCUUUAAAAUUUAACAGUUGGUUAAACAAUACACGUUCUUUUUAUGUUCACCACCCAUUUUUAACAAACGGUUAACCAACCAAACGUUUUUGAAUGAAUGAGUCGUAAAUGAAUGAAUGGUAUAGUAUUACUAUGUAAAGAUGUCAGUGUAUCUCCAUACAUUUGCUUUUUCCCCAGUAACAUUGCGAAAUGGUAGGGUAACAUUAUUGUUUGACGAAAUAUUAUUACCUGUUUCGUCAAUGCCAUGUCCAUAGCGGGAACGCCUUUGUUAUUUAGCAUCCUUUUCAAAUGUCUUGUCAAUGCCAAUGUCACUUUUUCGCUGUUUUUCGUCAAGUGUUGUGGCGGUUUGAAUUGAAUUUUGAAUACAAAAUUACCAUUAUAGUGCUAGAUAAUAGAUAAUGGAAGAUAAACGCAAGCGUACGUUAAAUUUUACAAGUGACGAGAAAUCGUUGUUAACCGAACUCGUUUCAAAAUAUAAAGCUGUAGUAGAAAAUAAAAAAUCAGAUGCGACAACAAACGCCGAUAAAGCAAGGGGUUGGAAGCAUAUAUCCCAAGAAUUUAAUGCUCUUAGCACAUACUGCUCCCGCCCUCCCGAAAGUUUAAAGACUUGCUGGGAGAACAUUAAACGCCAGACAAAAAAACUAUCAGCAAAUCGGAAACGGGAAGUAUUUAAAACUGGUGGUGGCAGACCCCCUCCACCAUCUCCUGGUACUGGAGCAGGCCGUAUUGUGGAAGAAAUAUUGGGGCCUGCUUUGGAAGGUAUUGAAAAUCAAUAUGAUAGUGAUGCUUUGCUAUAUGAUGAUGUAAGUACAGAGAAACUUAUACCUAUAUGUAACAAAGAUACGGCAAAAAUGUGCUCUGACGUUGAGGAGAUAGGUACGGAUGAAGUUAUUAAUGCAGUUGUGGAGACCGAGGAUGAACCUUCAUGUUCACUUACUUUUCCCAUCGCUGAGGACAAUAAUCCGAAAUGGGAGGGCUGGACACCAAACUCUUUAAAAAGACCUAUUUCCGAUGUUUUAAAAUCUUCUAAGGACUCCAAAGUCAACAAUAGUUGGUUGAAAAGAAGGAGACCCAACCAGCAAAAUUUAGGUGACCAGCUUGUACAAGAAAAAAUUGAUUUGGUAAAAACAUUAAAAGAAAAUGCACGGGAGGAGUCCAGAAGAAGAAUUUUAAUUUUAGAUGAACAGCUAAAGCAGGAGAAAAUUAAAACACAAAAAAUAUUACAAACAAAUGUAUAACCAUUUUUAUAUUUGAAUUUUUUUUGUUAGCCGGAUAAAUAUUACUUUAAUUUAAUGUUUCAAAGUUUUUGUCAUUUUGUUAAUUCUUUAACUCAAUAAGUAAAAAAUAAAUGUGUUUAUUUUUGUAACUAGGUAUGACUGUAACUAGAAGUUAAAUUUAAUACUUAACUAGGUAGGUAUGUAUGUAGGUACCAAAAGUUAUGUAAAGUAUUCAUGUUUUUGUGAUAUAGUUUGAUGGAACUUGUAUUUUAAGUGUAAUCCUAAGGUUACCUACGAAAUAUAUUGAUUUGAUUUGAUUUAUUCCUAAAUAAGAUAAAUAAAUA